AUGUUUAGGGACAGAACCAACCUUUUUCUAUCUUAUCGGCGAACGAUAUCUCGAAGUGUGCCUUUGAGUGGCGACAGAAUCGCAUCUUUGCGGGAGGAAGAAGAGGGUUUGAUGGGUUCUCGGCGUCAUACAAAGUACCGUGAUGAUGGCAACACAAUUGAAAUGAAACCAAUUGUUCCCACAGCAGUUGACAUAUCGAAGGAUAUAGACGUCAAUUUAUCUUUUAUCAAGUCCAAGACGGGAGAACUUAAUGCAAUGUACAAAAAAUUACUCAUUACUGCCCAGGGAGACAAGCGAGUUUUAGAGAAUAGUAUCGAGCAACUCAAUUACGACAUCACAAAGAAAUUUGAAGCGUGCUACGUUUUGAUAAAGAAGUUUGAGUUUCUCCAAAAGAAUUACGAUCGCCUAGGACUUGACUUCACGGCCAAUGAUCUCGCAGUCAUUGAAAACUACAAGAAGAAUUAUGCUCAAAAACUCCAGGAUACUUCAUUACUUUUCCGUAAUCUUCAAAAUAACUACAUGAAGUUCCUCCGUGACGACGAAGACGAAAGUGACUCACUAUUAACGUCGUCGUCGUAUAUGGAUACCGACCAAAACACCCUUAUCAUGGAAGAAGAAGCCAAAAAUAUUGAAGACUAUUCAAAACGUGUUCUUCAAGAAACGCAACAGGUUAAAGGUGCCAACUCACAAUACCUCGAACAGCGCGAUCGAGAAAUUCUGAAACUAGCAAUGGGUAUACUUGAAAUCUCAACCAUCUUCAAAGAAAUGGAAAGUUUGGUUGUUGACCAAGGCAGUGUGCUUGAUCGUAUAGACUACAAUUUGGCAAACACGGCGCAAGAUCUCAAAACUGCCGAUAAGGAACUUAUCAAAGCGAAAGGUUACCAGAAGAGAACAACCAAAUGCAAAAUAAUAUUCUUGCUUUCAUUGGUGGUGUUUGCAUUAUUCAUGAUAGUUCUCGUCAAACCUCAUGGAUCAACGAAGGUGGUGGAAAAGCCCUCCCAUCCGCAACCAGACAAGGGAGAUAGGCCGACCAUAGACCACCCACAAGAUCCCAAUCCCGAUUCUAAUCCACGAUCUUAA